UUAUUAUCAGGAAGUGCGUUUGGAGCAACGUGAAUGUCAUAUGUAACAUUCAGGAGCGUGUUUUGCAUGUAUAGAUUUGAGUUUUGUUUAUCGUUUUGUUAUAAAAACAGUCAUUUUUAUUUACACCCUUACAUGUUACUCGCAUACUUAUUAAAUGACAUGAAUAACAAGAGCCGCAUUUAAAAUCUAAAGAAGAAGAAGCGCAAACUCCUCCCAGUCGCUUCUUCUCUGCAAUGAUGGCAGCUACUGUAACGUUACUGGGGAGAUCACUGGUCACAUCACGCCUCUGUGCUUGUGUCAUAGUGAGUAAGCGGCUUUACUGCAGCUCAGGAAAGAGAAUUAGGGUACAUGAUGCCCUCAACAGCCUAGAGGCAGGCUCAGCCAUCAGAAUACAGGGUUGGGUUCGCUCUGUCCGAUCACAGAAGCACAAUCUCUUUCUGCACCUGAGUGAUGGAAGUUCUUUGCAACCUCUGCAAGUAGUAGCCAACUCAGACCUCAACACCAGAGACAUCACCUUUGGCUGUGCUGUCGAUAUUACUGGAAGCUUGGAAAAGAGUCCUAGCAAAAAACAGAGUGUGGAAUUACAAGCCAGUCACAUUGAAGUGGUUGGAGAAUGUAAUCCUGUGGACUUUCCAUUUAAGAUUAAGGGCCACCAUUCCCUGGAGUACAUCAGACAGUUUCCUCACCUGAGAUGCCGAACGAAUGCCUUCAGUUCAUUGCUCAGAAUUCGCAGCCAAGCCACUGCUGCCAUUGACUCUUAUUUCAGGGAUAACAACUUUGUACAAAUUCACACGCCGGUGAUUACGUCAAAUGAUUGUGAAGGAGCAGGAGAACUCUUUCAGGUGGAACCUGCAGGUAAGGAAGGUAACGAAUGGAACUCGGAUAAAGAAAAUCCUCAUUUUUUCUCCGUGCCUGCAUACCUAACUGUCUCAGGACAGCUGCAUCUGGAAGUGAUGGCAGGGGCUUUUCCUGCUGUUUACACAUUUGGCCCAACAUUUCGAGCAGAGAAUUCCCAGACAAGGAGACACUUGGCUGAGUUUUACAUGGUGGAGGCAGAAAUCGCUUUCACUGAGUCACUGAAGGACCUCAUGAAGGUUAUGGAGGGUCUGUUCAAGACAACCACAGAGAAUCUGCUCUCUCACUGUGCAGAGGAUGUGGAAUUAUUUCACAAAUACGUCUCACCAGGAUAUAUGGAACAAGUGGACCUCAUGAUGAAAAGAAACUUUAAUGUCAUUUCCUAUACAGAGGCGAUUGACAUUCUAAACUGCAGUUCAGAGCAAUUUACCUUCAAGCCAGAGUGGGGCUGUGAUCUGCAGACAGAGCAUGAGAAGUACAUAGUGCAGCAUUGUGGGAAUGUCCCAGUCUUCGUGACGGAUUAUCCAUAUGAGCUAAAACCUUUCUAUGCCAGAGACAAUCAAGACCAGCCUCGGCACACAGCAGCUGCAGUAGAUCUCUUGGUGCCUGUUGUGGGGGAACUUUGUGGUGGAUCUCUCCGAGAGGAAAGACUAGAGCUUCUAAGGACUCGGCUAGCAAAGGCUGGAUUAGAUGACACAUAUGCAUGGUAUCUUCAGCUGAGAGAGUUCGGAUCAGUGCCUCAUGGUGGUUUUGGGAUGGGCUUCGAGAGGUACCUGCAGUGCGUUUUAGGAAUCGAUAACAUCAAGGACACUAUUCCGUUUGCAAGGUUUUCACACUCCUGUGUUCUAUGAAGCAGCUUGGUAUAAAAUUAUAAUAAACUGAUUUUAAGGACAGUGCAUUGUUUCAUAUGUUUUAGCAGCAUGACUGCUUUUGUAGAAGAUUCACGGAUCUUUAUUUGUCGCAUAUUACAUACAUGUAAUGUAGUGAAAUGUGUUUUCGUAUUUACUUAGAAUUAGAAUGGUAGUAACAAGCAAGCAACAGUAAAUUAUUCCAGACUACA